AUGACCCAACAAGACCAAAAUCAACUCAUGGAAACUGCAAAAACUAUUGCAGACCAGUUUAAACUUCCAGAAAAUGGAUACCUUCAAAAAACUGUUGAAGAAUACGUUAAACAAUCCCUUCAUGGUCUUGCCCAUCAAGACCCAGUAGGCAUCCCAAUGUUACCCUCAUUUGUCUCUUCCAUGCCCACGGGAAAGGAAAAGGGUACCUUUUUAGCCCUUGACUUGGGAGGAACUAACUUUCGUGUAUGUCUUGUUAAACUUUUAGGUAACUCAAAGCAUACGAUUGAUCAAAUUAAAGAAGCUGUAAAUCCAGAGAUUAUGGCUUCUGAUAUGAAGACUUUUAUCUCACACUUGGGUGAUCGUAUUGUCAGUUUUUUGGAAAUUUAUUAUCAAUCUUUCCUUGAGCAAUGUGCACACGACCCAGAAUCAACUCCAGAACUUAAAGCUGGAUUUACCUUUUCAUUCCCCCUUCAUCAAACAGCAGUCAACCGUGGAACUCUUAUCAGAUGGACAAAGGGUUAUAGUAUUAAUGAUGCAGUUGGUAAAGACAUUUUGCAAGCCUUGCAACAAGAACUUGAUUCAAGAGGCUUACGACUCCACCUAACUGCUGUAAUUAAUGAUACAGUUGGUACAUUACUAACACGCUCAUACUCUAAACCAGUUGGGUGCGGCCCAACCAUUAUUGGGUGUAUUUUUGGAACAGGCACUAAUGGUGCUUAUAGUGAACCCUUGGCUAACAUUACCAAGUUGGGAGCUGAAGAGCUUGCUCACGUGGCUCCUGGUAAGGAUAGUAUGGUAAUUAAUACUGAAUGGGGUGCCUUUGAUAAUGCCCUCAAGGUAAUUCCCAAUUGUAAGUAUGAUAAACUUUUGGAUGCAAAUACUCCUAACCCUGGGUUCCAUAUGUUUGAAAAACGUGUCAGUGGAAUGUUUUUGGGUGAAUUGUUGCGUAUUAUUAUGGUGGAGUUGCAUGAUGCUGGACUUUUGUUUACCACAAAUGAAGCCCUUGAAGCUCUUAAAUACCCGUCGCCUGCUCAUGCCAAGGAUGGCAAAACACAGAAUGCUUUGCGAGUUCCUUGGUCAAUGAAUACUGCAGUUCCUGCAACACUUGAUGGUGAAAGCAACAACAAUAAUAAUAAUAAUAAUAACAAUAAUGACGACUUUACCCAUUCACGUAAAAUUAUGUAUGAGCAUUUGGGCUUUGAACCUAAUCAAGAUGAGUUGGCUGCUCUGAGUGUCAUUGCUUGUGCCAUUGGUAAGCGUGCUGCGUAUCUUUCGGCCGUGCCUUUGGCUGGUGCUGUAUUACAUUCAAGAGCUCUUGAACGGUUUGAUACUAUUGAUGUGGGUGCAGAUGGUAGUGUUAUUGAACAUUAUCCUCGGUUUCAAGAAAUGAUUUUUGAGGCUUUGGAACAGACUGAAUUAGGUUCUAAGGGAGUUGCUCGCAUUACAAUGGGAAUUGCAAAAGAUGGUAGUGGAGUUGGUGCUGCCUUGUGUGCAUUGGAGGCUGAAGGAUGUUUGUGA